GGUAUGGAUGUAUAGGGGGGGGUUGUUUAGUUGCAGUAGCAUGUUUUGGUUUUAAUAUUGUUUUGUCUCGUAGUUUUUAACACUUUCUUCCUAAUUCACAUAUUAUCUGAUAUUAAUUUACUAUUACAAGCCAUUGUAAAAAUUGAACGUUAACAUGUCUUACAGACAGCUGCACGAGCAGGUUCUAUAUUUUUUCACUUGCUUCAAGUUGCGUAAAUGAAAGUGAAAGUUCUUGGAGUCCGAAUGGCACAGGGAAAGAUAGCUCCAGAAGACAGUUUUGUAACAUGAGUUUAAACGUCAAUAUUGUUCUCUGUUUAUUUAUCUGUGCAGAGGUGCCAGGAAUCCUGUCUUUCGAACAGGUGCCUUGGCUGCCCUGUCAGCUGGUGGAUGAACGUGUAAAGUUCAAUGAUGAGGGACAUGCUGAAACCCAGUACCAACACAGAGACGCUGGGCUGCAGUUUGGCCAUCCAGGGGACAGUGCUUUGAACCCAAAUACCAUCACCUUCCUUGUAACAGGCUCUAAGGUGGACAUGAGGAAGUACAUUGAAGGGGCAGUAGUGGAGCACCAGGUGCAGUGUGAGAUCCGCAGGUACAGCACAGAGGGCAUCCAGAUGCGUUGGCCAGGUUUAGGAGCCCAGGAGCACGACAUCUGGUUCACUUGCACCUUACGGCACACCGACGGCCUUUUUGUCAUCACCAGCUUCCUCAGACACACCCCUGCCACGCCCACACCUGGCCAGGCAGACUACCGCAACUGGGCCGCCAUCGCAGACAGAGAGACGCUAACCACAUCAACUGUGAUGGUAGUCCUCACCCGCUCUCCCACUGUGCGGGUGGGCCUACUGAAGCAACAGAGCCUCCACUGUCAGUUUGACGUGGACCACAAGGCAGCCGACCUGACAGUGGAAUGGCGUUUUCAGCGACACAGCGAACACACCACGCUCUUCAGCCACUCCAGCCGCUCGGGCCAGACGCAGGGGGGCGGGGUGGCACUUAAGGGCAUCGGUAGGGGCGACGCAUCCCUGAUGCUCCCCCUCACCAAGCAGAGCAGCGAGGGGACGUAUGUCUGCUUUGUCUCAGUGGCUCCGCUGUUUGGUAGACAUGACAUCGCUCUGCACAUCUUGGAGCCUCCUCGUGUGUCCUUGAACGUAGAGUCUACCAUCUCCCUGGUGGACAGGGGGGAGCAGAAGGUGGUGUGUGAGGCGGGGGGCUACUACCCCCUGGAUGUGGAGAUAGAGUGGUUCAGGGAGCCCAGUGGUGGAGGUGGAGGCCUCCUACCAGAGAAGCUGGACACUGUCCUGUACUCCAGCCACCGUCACCACCGGGACGGGACCUACUCUCUGUCAGCCUUCUUCCUGAUCCACGCUUCCCUGCAUGACUCAGGCUCCAAGUACUUCUGCAGGGUGUCUCACAGCUCCCUGCGCAUGCCCAUCCGCAAGAGCUUCACCCUCAUCGUCACAGAGUUUGGCAGUUGGAACUUUGUGCUGUGGUGGUUGAUCUUUGGAUUCAUCCUGGUCAUGGUGGCCACUUUGUGUGUGAUGCUACCCCGCCUGAGCUCAGCAAGAAAAGCAAACAAGAGAAAGCCCUACUGAGAGAACAUACCAGAGUGGCCAUCUUCUCUUCAUCUCAGGACUUCUCUAUCAGGUGGUUUAUUUUCGGGGAUGUGGGUAUAUUGUGUGUCCCUCAAGUAAAUUGUUUCCCCUGAUUCUCCCAUUAUAAAAGUACAGUAAAUACAAAUAUAGAAAGGUUGAUCAUGUAUUUGUAAUUCAUUAGGGAAAGAGAGACUAUCCCACAAGGUCAUAGUACUGCUCUAUGAUAAUACCACUCUAAGAUUGUGUAAGGUAGCUUAAUUUUGCUAUAAAAAUACUUGACAUGGAAUAAUGAUUAAUUUGAUAAAAAUGCAUGAUAAUGUUUGAUAUGAAAAAGAUGCAUUAGGAAAUUGAUUUGUUUGAAGUUGUUUAAAAUUGCAAACCAAGGGCACGGAUGAUAUGUGUGAAUAUACUUUUUUUUUCAUUUGUAUUUAAUAAUUGCUGUUGUGUUUACUGUUUUCGCUCUAGAGAUUUCUACUAAGUUAGAGGGUCAGAGAGAGUGUGAUGUCAAAUUCAAUCAAGCUUUAUUUAUACAGCACAUUUAAGACAUGGAAUGCAACACAAUGUGCUUCACAGGAAAAAACAAA